AUGGCUAGUUCAGAUUCCGAUGAGAUGGACGAAGCCACGCCGGCCACAUCAGACAGAAGAGCACCACCAAUAACGGUGCGAGCCGACGCAUCCCCUGAGGAUCCGCGGCGGGCCACGGAGAUGGAGGUGGACCAAGCCCCGAGCCCGGAUCCCAACUCUCAAGACAACCCGAAAUCGAAGAAUGCGAAGGAAGGGAUCAGCGAGGUUGAAGGAAGCAACAGUCUUUUCCGGCUGCCCUUCCCCAGGAAACUGUGGCGGAUAGUGGAGGACGACGCGUUCCCUUCCGUGCGCUGGAGUCCCAAGGGGGACACCGUGGUCAUCGAGGUCGACCUCUUCCAGAGGCAAGUUCUCAGCCUCAGGGGCGCGGAGAAGAUCUUCGAGUCCGACAGCCUGAAGACUUUCAUCCGUCUGAUGAAUCUCUACGGGUUCUGCAAAAUUCGCUCGGGCACCUCGAUUUGCCGUCCGGGACCCCGAAGACGGAUGAUCUACCGCAACCCCAACUUUCAAAGAAACAAGCCUUCGCUCCUGAAGAACAUCAAGAAAAGAUACAAGUGGAUGACCACUGCUGCCUCUCCAGGGAGCGGCGCGCCACCUCCCAAGACCAGGAAGAGGCGAUCGUUGUGAGCCGGACGCGGAGGGCCCUUCGGAUCGCCUGUCCGUCUUCUGCGAGCACAUUCCCGAAGAUCCAGGACCCGGAGCGCCCACAUGACAGGCAGCAGUCACUACCUUAUCACCACUAACCCAUGGUAGUCAAUAAACAAUCCAAUUG